AUGCUAGACAAGGAUACGGUAGGCUCAUCCUCGGAAAAUCAAUAUAUCGAUUUUCAGCAAGAAGACUCUCCACAUCACAUUCACUGGCCGUUGCCUUCCGGUAGUCUCUACGCGCACUUUAAAAAGGCUGCCGUUGCGUCGGAUCAUGGAUUGUGCUCAGAAAUAGGAAGAGACGUACUGAUUGAUGGAGGGAAUGCUGUAGACUCUAUGAUAGCCACGUUGCUGUGUAUCGGCGUGGUGAAUCCCCAAUCGAGUGGUUUAGGAGGCGGCUUUCUAAUGACUCUUUUCAAUGCGUGGACGUCAACGGGUCGAUGUCAGACAAUCAAUGCUCGUGAGACAGCACCGCUUGCCGCCACCGAGGAUAUGUACAAGAAUGAUUCACGCAAUGCUUAUACGUUCACAGUUGCUUCGUACCAGGAAUUUUUGCGAAAAUCUCAUGAAAACAACGCAACUUCAGAGAGUUCUCUGUUUGUAGCGGUUCCACGAGCCAAAUAG